UAUUUUUCCUCCUCAUUCAUUCCUGUCAUUCAUUCAUGAUACCAGAGAGAGAGAGAGAGGUGCCUGGAUGAGAAAAAGCUAAGCUUUUUAUUGUCCUUUCGCCGUCUCUCUCUAUUUGACCCGAUAGAACAGGGGAGAGAGAGAGAGAGAUGGGGGGAGAAGGAGAGAGAAGCGGCGGUGCUCCGGCGGUCACGGCGGAGCAGAUGCCGAUGGUAGGAUCGAGAUAUCCUCUGAGCUACUGGGAGGUGACGGCGGCUUCCGGCGUAGUGGUAGGGUUCCUGGUGAGCCUUUUUUGCGUUUACAUCACCAUGCCCGAAUCUGAUUACAGUUUCCUCAAGCUUCCUCGGAAUCUUGAGGACCUACAGAUCCUUAGAGACAACCUAGAGAGUUACACAAGUGAUUAUACCAUUCAGGUUCUUGUCGGGUACUGUCUGGUCUACAUAUUUAUGCAGACAUUCAUGAUCCCCGGAACUGUGUUCAUGUCUUUGCUUGCGGGCGGCCUUUUUGGAGUUUUCAAAGGCAUGGCUCUUGUCGUCUUCACUGCUACGGCCGGUGCUUCUUCUUGUUUUUUCCUGUCAAAGCUUAUUGGCAAACCUCUUGUGUUCACUCUUUGGCCUGACAAGUUGGUGUUCUUCCAAAAUCAGAUUGCGAGGAGAAAAGACGGGUUGUUGAACUACAUGCUUUUCCUAAGGCUAACUCCGACACUUCCAAACACUUUCAUCAACGUUGCUUCCCCGAUUGUCGAUGUGCCUUACCAUAUCUUCUUCCUCGCUACAUUCAUUGGACUGAUUCCUGCUGCUUAUGUCACUGUUCGGGCCGGGAUUGCUCUCGGGGAGCUGCAGUCACUGGGAGAUCUUUACGACUUCAGCUCAGUGGCGACAUUGUUCCUCAUAGGCAUUAUCUCUGUCACCCCAACUCUCAUUAGCAAGAAAAAACCAUAAUAGCAGAAUUUCUAGACAGAAGAAGGGAUCAGCCUCACAAGAACACAACACAACCCUCUGUACAUAUAUGUAAAGCCCUUCUCUUCUCUCUCAGCACUCGUUCCAUUUGUUUCUGGUCCCUCUGUAUUGUUAAGAUGAAGAAUCACCGUUAAUGUAAAAGCCCCCACCUUGGAAAAAAGAAUAAAAUGUUUUUUGGUGA